AUGUUUCGCUAUCGACGAUACCGCGCAUUUCUAGUCUUUGCUGUUAUUGCCGUACUAGCAAUUUACAAAUUCGGAGGUUCGGAUGCAGCAUGGAGAGAGGCUGCAUCGCAAGCAGUGGGGGCAGCACAUGGCCUGAAGAGCACCGCCGAGGGGGUGCUGCACGACACCAAGCCACGACCUGCCGUAGACCACGAGACCAAGAGUCUGAAGCUGCAUGUGCCCGCUGCUAGUACUUCGGGACCCGUACAGACACCGCCUCCGGUCAAGAGUCUUCCUUCAUCCACACCCGCUCCAGCUGUAACGCAACAGAAGCCGUCCAUACCCUCGCCCAUACGUCCGAACCCACACGGCAACGCCGCCAUCGACGAAGACGGACUGGAAUCGUCGGCCGAGAUCGAAGCCGUUCACUGGACAAAACUGCCCGAGAAGUUUCCUGUUCCCACCGAAUCGCUCAUCAAAUUGCCCUCGGGCAAGCCAAAAGCGAUCCCGAAAAUACAAGCCAAGUUCAAGAAGGAGGAUGAGGCGACCAAGUCUGACAGAAUCGCAAAACUGGCCAGAAUUCAGAGCGUGGCCAAGAAGUCAUGGGACGGAUACAGGGCCAAGGCAUGGCUCCAUGAUGAACUGCGCCCAGAGUCUGGAACCUUUCGGGACCCCUUUGCACACUGGGGCGCAACUUUGGUCGACUCUCUAGACACCUUGUGGAUCAUGGGGUUGAAAGAGGACUUUGAAGAGGCUGUCAAAGCAGUGGACCAAAUUGACUUUACGACUACCACACGCGCCGAUAUCCCCUUAUUUGAGACUACAAUUCGCUACCUCGGCGGACUGCUGGCUGCCUAUGAUCUCAGCGGGAAGAAGUACAAGAACUUGCUGGACAAGGCGGUUGAGCUUGCCGAGGUCCUAAUCAGCGCCUUCGAUACGCCCAAUCGGAUGCCGGAAACCUAUUACUACUGGAGGCCCGAUUUUGCAUCGCAGCAUCAUCGUGCCGGUACCAAUGUUGUUCUAGCAGAGAUCGGGUCGCUUUCAGUCGAAUUUACCAGGCUUGCACAGCUUACGGGAGAGCACAAGUACUACGACGCUGUUGCGCGCAUCACUGACAACCUCGAGGAGCUUCAGGACAAGACCCUGGUCCCAGGAAUGUGGCCCGUAUAUAUAGAUGCCUCCGGCUGUGGCAGAAGAUACACGGAAAUGGGUGCGCAGGAACCCCUUACAGCCCCAGACGGAUACCUUGCCGAUCCAGUGCCGAGCGAGUCUGAGGCGGCUAAAACCACUUCUACCGAAGAGCUGUCUCCAGAGGGUAAAAAGUAUGUCCCCUUGGACUUGCCAGAACCUGUUAGACUCUAUCAAGAAAGUGGUGUGGCUUCCAAGAAGUAUGAGCCUUUGAAUUUGCCAGACCCGGUGAGGCUCUAUCAGGAUGAUGAUGUAGUCCGUCCGGGCACAAAGGAGGAGUGGAUAAAACAAGGGACCGCCGGAAAGGCACAGAUCAAGAACUGGGACAGCAAGCCAGUGGAAAAGCGACGGCUUAAUAUUGAUCAAUCCAAAGAACCUAAAGCUGCGCUGGGUGCUAAGAGUGCUGACCCGGAUCCAUCGCCACCCAAGCCUCUUGAUCCGGAGUGCAUACCUCAAGGCUUUGUAUCGAGCUCAAGCUACGGAGGAGGUGAUGAAUUUACGCUUGGUGGUAUGUCAGACUCUACAUAUGAGUAUCUACCCAAACAGUAUCUGCUCCUCGGCGGCCAGGUCGACAAGUACCAGACCAUGUACGAGCAGUCGAUGGAUGCAGUCAAGAAGCAUCUGCUUUUCCGACCAAUGCUUCCCAAGGGAGAAGACGUGUUGUUCUCUGGCAAACUUCGAGUUCCCGCUCUUUACGAUACGGAUAAGUUUGGUGACCUGACUCCGGAAAAUGCGCAUCUCACCUGUUUUACCGGUGGCAUGUUUGGCAUGGGCGCGAAGAUAUUCAACCGCCCAGAGGAUCUUGAAAUAGCGAAGAAACUGACAGAGGGUUGCAUCUGGAGUUACGACAUGACGCAGACUGGUAUCAUGCCGGAGUCUUUCGAAGUCGCUCCCUGUGAGGACAUGAAGGAUUGCGCAUGGAAUGAAACGGCCUAUUGGGAGGCCAUUGACCCGCGAUGGGAGUCCCGAAUGGAACAUUACAGCGAACAGCGCAAGAUAUACGAAUCACAGAUUGCCUCUGCUUCGUCAUGGUACAAUGCACAGAUGGCUGCAAAGACUCCAGCACCUAAGCCUGUCGCGAAUGCUCCAACUGAGGCACGCCCCACAGCUUCUUUGGUAUAUGCAGACAAUUACGAAAAGCGCCAACUUGCCGAGCUCGUUGACGAUUCGGAGAUUGCGCACAUGCCCCCCGCGAGGCCAUCGCAAAAUCAUGAUUCAGUCAUGGGCGGCGAAUCUGAGGAAGGAGAGGGGCCGCCUACUAAAGUCCAACCCACGCUUGACAUUCCGGAACUUGCGCCGCAGCCGAGCCGGACAAUGCCAGAUUUCCCUUAUGUUUUCUCACCGGCCCCCGUCCUCGACCAUAAGGACCCCGAAGCCAUAGAAUCUGUGUGGUACAUGUACCGCAUCACUGGUGACAACCACUGGCGCGAAGCAGGCUGGCGCAUGUUCCUCGCCAUCGAUCGACAUACCUCGACCACAUAUGGUAACUCAGCCAUCGACGACGUUACCAAGAUGGCGCCAGGGCUCAAUGAUGAAAUGGAGAGCUUCUGGCUUGCAGAGACACUAAAGUACUUUUACUUGCUCUUUGCGGAGGAGGACGUGAUCAGCUUGGAUGAGUGGGUGUUGAACACCGAGGCACAUCCUUUCAGGCGACCUACUUGA